CACCACCCUCCCCAGCGCCAUUUCUCACUCCACUCCUCUACUCCCGUCUCUCCCUACCCACUUCUGACCCCUCCUUCAGUCCUGCCGCCGGGUAACAAAACCGCUGGUUCCCGCCACACGCACCCGGUAGGGUUCAGGACGCCUUACUGGCGGCGAUGGCUGGCUGAAUAGCUUCCCAACAGAGAGGCCUGAGGUCCUGAAGGAGCCGGGGGUGCUGGCGACCUCGAGGCCGCUGCUGGGGAGGAGGCUGACCAGCGUGCAGGGGGCGGAGGCGGGGCGCGCCGGGAGGCACCCAUCUCCCGCCCCGCACAGCCCAGGCGGGGCCGCCGCUCCGCGGCAGAUCCGGCUCUCACCCUCGGCUCCAGCGGCCCCGGGGCGCCUACUUCUGCGGACUCUGCGGGACCCUCCCCGGCAGGCGCUGUGCGCUGGAGAAGGCACAGGCGCGCAGGCAUGGCCGCGGGGGCGGGGGCGGGGGCCGCCGCGCGGAAGGCAGAGCCGGUGCUGGAGGCGCCCCCGCAGCAGGAGCAGAUCUCUCAUACAAAGCUUUCUGCAGAAGAUGCGUGGAACCUGCAGCAGGAGAGGAUGUACAAGAUGCACCGGGGCCACGAAUCCAUGCACGUGGAAAUGAUCUUGAUCUUCCUCUGCAUUCUGGUCAUUGCCCAGAUAGUGCUGGUUCAGUGGAGACAGAGGCAUGGUCGAUCCUACAAUCUGGUGACCUUGUUGCAGAUGUGGAUUGUCCCCUUAUAUUUCACGAUAAAACUAUACUGGUGGCGGUUUCUGUCUAUGUGGGGGAUGUUCUCCGUUAUUACCAGUUACAUCCUCUUCAGAGCUACCCGAAAACCCCUCUCAGGAAGGACACCACGGUUGGUCUACAAAUGGUUUCUUUUGAUCUACAAACUCAGCUAUGCAUUUGGUGUUGUGGGUUACUUGGCUAUCAUGUUUACAAUGUGUGGAUUCAAUCUGUUUUUCAAAAUCAAAGCUAGAGAUUCCAUGGAUUUUGGCAUUGUGUCUUUGUUCUACGGCCUCUACUAUGGAGUAAUGGGGAGAGACUUUGCCGAGAUCUGCUCAGACUACAUGGCUUCCACUAUAGGGCACUGCUGGGUUAGGAUCUCCACAACUGAGCUGGUCUCGUCAAGCAGCACCCAACGUGGGGGCUCAAAACCAGGUCAAAGGCUCACCAGAGCGACAGUUGGAAAACAUGGAACUAAGCUGGAGGACACCCAAGUACUACUCUUAAGCAAACCCUGUGGCCAGAAUCAACAGCCGAUUUGGACACCGUCAAGACACCUGAAACUUUAUUGUGAGCCAGAUGCCAAAGAAGAGAUUCUGGGAGGACCCCGAGGACCCCCUGGUUGGAGCCAUGUCAAGAAUGAUGCUAAGGAGGACCCCAACUAUCAUGAGCAACAACCAUCGAACACAGCCACCUACUUGGGGACAGAUCAAGAAACUGUCACAGAUGGUGGAAGAAAACCUGAGGAAAGCAGGACAACCAGUCACAAUGAGUAAUUUAAUGAUAGCUAUGAUAGUGGUGAUCACCAUUGCCAUGAGUAUUCCUUCAACAAGGGCUGACACAGAGAACAAUUAUACUUAUUGGCCAUAUUUAUCAAUCUUGGCUGGCAAUAAUGCCUGGAUGUAAUCACUCUAUGACACAGUUACACAUGCUUUCUUAUCUCAGUAUUUACCACAAUAAAUCUGUUUCUAUAAUUGAAGCAUACCAUCCUCAAAAACCUAUUUGUAAACAGAAUUGGACCUGGCCAGAAAUAAUGAACAUACUUGUUUGGGAAGACUGCAUUGCAGAACAGGCAGAGGUGCUGUGCAACAAUUCCUCUGGAAUCAUUAUUGAUUGGUUCCCUAAGGGGAUGUUCAGCUUAAAUUGCACCUCUGCAUCCCAUGGCCACACUAUGUUCAGCUGGUCUAAACAAAAUGGUCAGAUGGUAGAAAUAGUAAGAAAUAUGGCAAGAGUUCCUAUUAUCUGGAAACAUGAAGGUAUAGUGGCACCUCACUCUCAAAUGAUAUGGCCCGCUGUAGGAGCUAAACAUAAGGAUUUGUGGAAACUAUUAAUGGCUCUUAAAUAAGAUCAAAAUUCAGGAAAGAAAAAAAAAAGCAUCUAGAAGGACUCUAUAAACUUGUCUUUGGAUAUUGCAAAAUUAAAAGAACAAAUAUUUAAAGUAUCCCAGGCACACCUGACCUUAAUGCCAGGAACUGGAGUGCCUGAAGGAGCUGCAGACAGAUUAGCAGCAAUUAACCCAUUAAAAUAGAUAAAGACACUUGGAGGCUCUGUGAUUUCAAUGAUGAUUGUGCUUUUAAUCUGUGUUGUUUGUCUUUGAAUAGUACGCAGAUGCGAAUCCUGACUCCUGCGAGAAGUAGCCCACCGUGACAAAGUUGCCUUUGCUUUUAUUGCUUUGCAAAACAAAAAAGGGGGACAUGUUGGGAACAGGCCCCCAAAUCUGGCCAUAAACUAGCCCCAAAUCUGGCUAUAAACAAAAUCUCUGCAGCACUGUGACAUGUUCCUGACAGCCAUGAUGCCCACGCUGAAGGUUGUGGGUUUACCAGGAUGAGGGCAAGAAACACCUGGUCCACCCAGUGCGGAAAACCACUUAAGGCAUUCCUAAGCCACAAACAAUAGCAUGAGCAAUCUGUGCCUCAAGGACAUGUUCCUGCUGCAGAUAUCUAGCCCGAGCCCAUCCCUCUGUUUCAGCCCAUCCCUUUGUUUCCCAUAAAGAAUACUUUUAGUUAAUCUAUAAUCUAUAGAAAUAAUGCUUAUCGCUGGCUUGCUGUCAGUAAGUAGGUGGGUAAAUCUCUGUUCAGGGCGCUCACCUCUGAAGGCUGUGAGUCCCCUGAUUUCCCACUCCACACUCUAUAUUUCUCUGUGUGUGUCUUUAAUUCCUCUAGUGCUGCUGGGAUAGGGUCUCCACAACUGAGCUGGUCUCGGCAGUCCACUGUAAUUCUAAGUUACCUUUAGUAAGGCUCACACAUUUCUCUAGAAAAGCACAGGUUCUUGGUCCAUAAUUCUUAUAAAUGAAAUCAGCUGGAGUUGCAGAUAGAGGAGUUGUAGACUCCUUAAAUCCAGAUAAGCCCAUGAUUCCCUGUCUUCUAGUAACCUUAUCUAUUGGAGGCCUCCUAGAGCACCAGUCCAGUUUCAGUUUCUUCACUGAAUCCAAUCCAAUUCUGGAGCCAAUCCAGUCAAAUAACUGCUCAAAUAAAGUCAGACAGCUGAAAAUGCAAAUGUAUAGCACUCAAGUCUGAGCAGGAACUUACCCACAACUACCAGUUGCAGUGAAAGGGCAAUGGGCACAAUGAGCCCCGCAGGUACCUUCACGUGGUCACUACGAGCUCCUGAGGGUCACUAUAGGUCUCCUUUGGAUCCUGCUUGCAACAGUUAAAAGAGAAACUUCAGACAAAUUCAAUUUGACAGAGUUUAUUUUAGCAAAGAAUGAUUCAUGAAUGAGGCAGCACUCAGAUUCGCAGAAGUUUCAGAGAGCACCCAACAGUGUGAGCAGUGAGCUUUUAUAGGCCAAACACAAGAGCAUAGUAAUCACCUGAUUUGCUUCAGCUAGAAGUCUGUCUUAUUUGCACAUGGUGUAAUAGGCAUUUACCUUGUUUGUGCAUAGUCUGAUCAGCUGGCUGCCUGUGACUGGCUAAAGCUUAGCUAUUUAUGGUUGGUAGAAAUUUGGCUAUUAAUUACAAAAAAAAUUACUCCUAAAUAAGGUUUCAGUUUGUUUAUGUAGUAUACUAAGUUAGGUUGCAGUUUAUUAUGUAACAACUAAAAGUAUAGAGACAGUCUCAGGCUAAUGGCUUCCUGCUUAUGUCAUUAACAAAAGAUAGGUCCUCAAUUUUAUUCCUUAGAUGAAUUAUUUGUACCAGCUUUUAUUGUCUUGCUAGAGGUUUGUCAUUUUUAUUAGCAUUUUCAAAAAUCAACUUCUGACUUGAUAGAUCCUCUAUUUUCUAGCUCAUUAAUUUCUGUUGUUAUAUUAUUUCCCCUGUUCCGAUUUCUCUGGAUUUAUUUUACUAUUCCAUUUCUUGUUUUUAAGGUAUUUGCUUGCAUUCAUUUUUAGUCACUCUUCAUUUCUAAUAUAUGCACUUAAGGUUGUAAGUUUCCUUUAAGCAGUAGUUUAGGGCAUCUGACAAGUUUUUAUAUGUAAUUUUUUUCAUAAUUCAUUAAAAAUAUUUUCUGAUUUUCAUUCUGAUUAUUUUUUGACCCAUGGGUUAUUUAGAAAUGUAUUUACUAAUUUCCAAAUAUAUGAGAAUUUUCUAUAAGUUUUUCUGUUCUUUUCUAUUUUAAUUGCAUUAUGGUCAGAAGACAUAUUCUGUAUGAUUUAAAUUCUUUAAAAUGUAUUGCAGUUUACUCUAUGAGCCGGUAUAUGGUCAGAUUUUAAGUACGUUCUGUGAUUUCAGCAGCUGUUGGAAGUAGUAUAGGUUCCUUAUGUCAAUUACAUUGUGUUCACACUUUCUUUAUCCUUACUGAUCUUUUGUCUGGUUUUUCUAUCAGUUACUGAGAGAUGUAUGAUAAAAUCUCCCACUAUGUGGAUUUUUCUAUGAAUUUUCUAUUUUUCUAUAUUUUUCUAGUUCUGUCAAUUUGGCUCUAUUCUUUUUCUAUUUUCUAGUUUCUUAAUGUUGUGUUAUUAUAGGUACUUAUAAAUUCAGAAUUUUUAUUUCUUCUCAGUGAAAACUUUAACUUAGUGAAAUGUUUCUCUUUAUCUACAGUUAUGACUUUUUUACUUUUUUUCCUAAUUCUAUUUUGUCUAAUAGUAAUAUUGCCAUGACAGCUUUCUUUUGAUAAAUGGUUACAUCUGUUCACUUUAUACCUUUUAGUAUCCAUAAAUGUGUCUCUUGUAAACAGCAUAUGAUUGUUAGGUUGUUUUGAAGUCUAGUCUGACAAUAUUAGUCUGAUUAUCAUAAAAUUUAGUCUUUUUCAUUUAAUUACUGAUAUAUUAAAUUGCAUUUAAUAUAAUUACUGAUAUUUUGGGCUUUAAAGUAAUUGAACUAUUGUUAUGGUUUGAAUGUGUGCUCCAAAGCUCAUGUAUUGGAAAUUUCAUCUUUGAUGCAACAGUGUUGAGAGGUGGGACCUUGUAAGAGGUUAUUAGGUCAUGAAGGCUCUGCCCUCAGAAAUGUCAUCACCAAGGGAGCAGGUUAUUGUAAGAGGUUAUUAGGUCAUGAAGGCUCUACCCUCAGAAAUUGAUUAACAUUAUCACCAAUGGAGCAGGUUAUUGUCAGAAUGAGUUUGUUAUAAAAGUUAAGUUCUGUCCUCUCUUGCUCUCUCUCACCAUGUGAUGCUUUCCAUCAUGUUAUAAUGUAGCCUGACGGCCCUCACCAGAUGCAACCCUUCAGUCUGGGACUUCCCAGACUCCAGAACCAUGAAUGGAUAAAUUUCUGUUCUUUGUAAAUUACCCAGUCUCAGGUAUUUUGUUACAGCAGCACCAAAGGGACUGUGACAAUUAUGUACUUUAUUCUAGUCCCAUUUGUUUUAUGUUCUAUUGUCUCUCUUUUCUUGCCUUCUUUUAAAUUUGGGGGUAUUCCAUUAGACUUUUUUUCCUCUAUUAGUUUAUCAAUAAAACUGUACCCCCAAAAAAUUAACUGAUAGCUUAGAAACUCCCAAAACAAGCUGUCAACUUCUGGCAGUUUUUGUAAAUGUAAAAUGGGUACAUUAUAAAGAACUUAAAGAUGUUCUUUGCUUAGAACAGGAAGAAACUUGAAAAUAUUGGUGAAUAAAUCAUUUUCUAAUA